GCGCGUGCCGGGCAGCGGCGGCAGCAGCCAUGGCGUACCGCGGGCAGGGCCAGAAGGUGCAGAAGGUGAUGGUGCAGCCCAUCAACCUCAUCUUCCGCUACCUGCAGAACAGGUCCAGGAUCCAGGUGUGGCUCUAUGAGCAAGUGAACAUGCGGAUAGAAGGCUGCAUCAUUGGCUUUGAUGAAUAUAUGAACUUGGUGCUGGACGACGCAGAGGAGAUUCACUCCAAAACAAAAUCCAGGAAGCAGCUGGGUCGGAUCAUGUUAAAAGGGGACAAUAUCACUCUUCUACAAAGCGUUUCUAACUAGGAUUUGUUGUUCUUCACUUAGAACAAUGGCUACAGUGCUUCGGAGUGAAUAAAGUGCUAGUGGGAGCAGGACCGGCUAGUAGGCAGGAACUUAUGUGUAACUGGGGUCACAUGCGGAGUUAAAAACUGCGCAUUCCUUUGUGCGAGUAAUUUUUUUUUUUGUAGUUUGAAACGAUGCACAAUGUAUUUCGCAAAUAAACAUUUUUCACAUUAACUGUCAA